AAUUGUAGAUAGAAUAGUCCAGAAACCGAUUAUCGAUGAUUUAAUUUUAUCCAUUCUAUAUAAUCUACAGAUUACUGUCAUGUGUUAUUGAUAUCUAAUCUUUUGAGUGCUCAUACAUUGACGAACUUCGAAGGUGGAUAAAUUAAUAAACCACACGCUAGUGUCUUGUCCUCCAUUUCGUUGAAAUUAUAAGAAUAAGAAUUAAAGGUAGAUAAAACUCAUCUAAUGGACGCAUUGUAUUUAACCUGGCUUCCAAUGUCAGCCGCCAGAGAUACGGUAAGUGACAGAAUACAAACACGCUCGCACGAGCAUCUAGAUAACGCCAUUUUCAGAGGAAACCUGGCCAUUUGGAAGGAAGACACGGUCAAUGUUAGCACACGUCACGUCCUCUGUCGCAUUGCCGCCAGUUCCGCUCGUAUCAUGAACUGUCACGCCGGCUCUCCCGGUUAUAAACACUUGAUCUCCCGGACCUGCUCGGCUGCCCGGCCGUGUCUAUCCAUCUCUGGAUGCAUGCAUACAGCAAAUUACAGUGCCCGCAAGCGGAAUUGUGGGUGGCGGACCCGUGUCCUUCCCCCUCUGCCUGCCCCCCUUUCACGAAAGGACCCCGAAGGGAGCCAACACGCUUGCCGGCUAGGACUCCGGUGCUACCCGUACAUCGAUACAACAGCCUGAACGAGUUUAUUCCGGAGCAUCCAGCUGCUCACCCUUAAAAACACCGUUGUCCUCUUGAGCGGUGCAUCACGGACGCGUUAUCUGCCGGCUGCUCGAACAACGAUAGGGCAGUACGAGGGUGGAGAGUGCGAAGUUAAGUCGAGCCCUUGCUCGAAUGUCUCUGACGGCAGCGAGACGAGUAGUUAAUUAACACCUCCCGUUACCCUUACCCUUCUUCAUCCCUUGCAUCCAGUAGAGGCUAGCUUUUCCGCAGAACAGCCGCCUUUUUCACGGUGGAGGAACGGUCUCCUUCGCAGAAUUCGCCCGCGUGGCUGGCUUUUUCAAAGCUGCCGUAACCCCGGCGAGAAGUUGGAAAAGGAUCUCCUUCCUUCGUAAUUUUUUCCGUCCUCCUCCCGUCGACCACGAAGACCGGUUGGUAAUUAAGACAUUCUGUGGUAGAAAGGAAGUCACCGGCAAGUCCCUGGAUCUCAUGUAUUUUUAAUUUAGAUAGCGACCGAGAAGGAUCUAGAGGAGGAGGAUCCACCGUUUUGGAACUGGCGCAAAAGACUCCGACGAUGGGGGUUGAUCGUUCAAGUGGUUGGUUCUUACAUUGUCAGCGUUCUCUUCUUCUCCGAACUGUCGAUGGAGC